AUGAACAUGAUCGGAUUUGAAGAAGAGAACAAGGCAACCAAGCGAUUGCGAGUAUCCGAUGUUAUCAAUUUUGAUAAAGCCUGUAAGAAAUUGAAUACUAGUGGAGUUAUUUUAACGAACCUAUUUUGUAAAAAUUCUACGAAAAUGAAGGCUAAGGAACUUGAAAUUUUGGUAGCAAAUCCGCAACGAGCGAAAGCGAAGAUUGAUGAUUUUGUAGAAGAUUUAAAGACGCGUGUGGAAGUUUACGAAUCCAAGAGCGAAACUUCGGGAGGGGAAGCAAACGAAAUCGGGAUCGAUCAUUUUUAA